AUGUCGACAACAAACGCCAAGCGCAAGCGGGCGAGAAAGGCAUGCAUCCCAUGCCAUCAGCGCAAGCGAAAAUGCGACACCGUGUAUCCUUGUGACAUGUGCACCACUUACGGAUACAACUGCAGGUACACCGACGACAGCACCACUGGUACUGUGGACGGUGGCGAACACCCUCCUCCAACCAAGCGCAGCAGCCUCGGUGAAAGCCGUCUGACGAGCCGGGCCCCCAUGGAGCGAGACCGCCGCGAAGGCGACGCUGACACGGGCAUCUUCGACGAGCAAAUGUUCCGAUACUCCGGGGCAUCGGCGACCAUGGCAUUUCCGCACAUCUUAGGCAUGGCUCUUGGUGCCGACAGCCCUCCCAAGAUCCAAUCGUUCGCCUACAACUUUGGCAUCCGCCCCGAGGAGGCAUCAAAUGCUCACUGCUUUCUGGGAAACCUGAUCUCGGAGGAAGACCUUUGGCUUCUUCUCGCCAACGGUGUCGCCUUUGCUGCCGUGGCUGCCGGCGUUUCUGCUCUCGGAUCUUUCCUAUCUCCCAAUAGGCACACACGGGAGUCGGACCUGGUGCAAUACGCCAAAGCUAUCCUCGACGAUCCGGCCUCCAUGUGUCGGCAUGGUAUCGACCACAUCGUCGCAUGGGGCAUGCGAGUGAUCUAUUUACGGGCAACGACCCGGCCCAUCAAUGUGUGGGUCGCUUCAUGCACGCAAAUGCACCUCUGUGAAGCGAUAGGGCUGCACGAGGAAGCUAGCAUCCAGAAAAUGGCGUCCAUCGCCGGCGCCGCUGCCCUUGGGCAUGAUGCAGACCGGCUGAGGAGGAUUUUCUGGAUCUCCUGGGCAGGACAUAACAUGCUGUCCUACGAGUACGAUCGGUCGCCUGUAGGGCUUCGGGCUGUGACCUGCCAGCCUAUCGUCUCUGUGCCAGGGUCCGUUGCUGUUCGAUUCGUACAACUGAUUCAGAUCAUUCCAUCGCCCAAUUCUCCGUUCCAGCUCGAACCGCAGCCGGCAACGCCGAGUGAGGAGCUAUUUAUGCGUAUCAAAGCGCUGGAUGAGGUCCAUGUUUCCCAUCCUUUUCUAGUAGUGACCAAGGCGGAGAUUGCGUUUUGCUUCUAUCGACGCCUUUACCAGCUUAAGGUCCGCAUGCCGGACGAUAUCAUGAAGCUCCUCAUUGAUAGCGGCAACGCCGCCGUGGAGGCGGCCGAGCAGCAAGCCAGCCAGGGUCGUCUGUUCUGGAACGUGAUCGGCAGCGUCUUCCAAUAUAUCUGCAUCCUGUUAGCCAUGGACAAUCCCGCGGCCUCGGCUCACAUCGGCUCCGCAUUCAAAAGCUUAGAGAACCUUGUCAAGGCGGCCGAUACAGGACUGACGCGUGAUGCGUUGUCGAUGGCGCGGCACUUACUCGGCCUCCGUAUGGCAAAGACGCGAAGAGAACUGGCACAGUUAGAAGCUGUCGAAGCGGGCUAUGAAUACUUUCCGGCACCGCCGGCAUCCGAGGCCAACACCGCGGUGCCAGAUAUGGAUUGGGGGUUGGACUGGAAUCAGUUCUUCAUCGAACCAUAUUACCCCAUGUUCGGUCCUGGCGUCCAGUUAUAA